CUGCGGCCCCGCCCCGUGCCGGCGCUGGAGCCGGGCGGACGCGUUAUGCAAGCGCUGACCCACUAACACACAUCGCGCCGCCGCCGCCCGGCCCGGCCCGGCCCGGCCCGGCCCAGGUUCUUCUUCCUUCUGGUCCUCCCCAGGGCUGGUGCAGCCCUGCUCUGCUCCAGCUCCUGCCUUUGCCUGCUACAGCCCCAAGGCUCAGCCCCCACCCAGGACAGGACCCUGCAGCUGCCGCAAGGAUGCUGCCCUUGCUCUCUGCCUGCAUGGGGUGGCUCGGGGGGGCCUGAUGCCCAUGCUGUACUGGGGCUUCCUAACCCUGCAGGCAACAGGACGAGACAAGGCCAGCCCAUCCGGUGCUGGGACCUGGUGAGUGACACUGAAGCGCGUGCAGCCGGAUUUCCAGCAGCCAACACCCGGAAGACAACUCAUAAGCAAUAUAGACCACCCCCCAGAGGCAGGAUACUGGCAGUAAGGACCCUCCAGAGGGGCAAUAUUCUGUUGGCAAAGACCCUUGGCAGCACUUUUCCCCCAGGGGCAAUAUACCAGAAGUACAGGGCCCUCCAGGGGACAAUAUCAGCCGUACAGAACCACCCACCAGAUCCCAGAGGUCAGAGCUGAUCCAGAGGGCAAUAUUCCAGUGCUUCAGACCUCUAGGGCAAGAGUCGACUAGCAGAGACCACCCCCUCACCAGGGGCAAUAUACCAGAAGCACCUAUCUGGGGAGCAAUAUUCCAUUACUACAGCCCCUGUGGGGCAAUAUUCCAGUGCUGAAGACCUCUUAGGGCAAGAAUCAACGGGCAGAGCCUCCCCCCAGGGGCAAUAAACUGCUCCAGGGGGCAAUAUUCCAGUGCUGAAGACCUGAGUGCGAUAGUCCAUCACUACAGUCCAACUGUCCAGACCCCAGAGGGCCAUACAUCGGCGCCACAGCCCUCUCCAGCCCCCGCCUCGAGGGCCAGGCAUGGAAGGGCUGUGUUUUGCCCCUGAGGCAGGGCUGCCCCGGUCUCGGGGGCUGAAGGGGCGAGCAGGGGUAGGUGGGCGGCGGCAGCGGGAGUUCAUCGCAGCUGAGAAGAAGGACGCGAGCUACUGGGAGAAGCGGCGCAAGAACAACGAGGCUGCCAAGCGGUCGCGGGAGAAACGGCGCUGUCAGGACCUGGCGCUGGAGACGCGGGUGUUGGCACUGCAUGAGGAGAACACCCGGCUCCGGGCCGAGCUGCUGCAGCUCAAGCUGCGCUUUGGCCUCCUUGGUGCCGCCGCCUUCGUAGAGCAGAGCCGCCAGCUGGGCCGGCGCCGAGGCAGUGGGAUGGGGGCUGACGCAACCUACGAUCCCCAUGCUCCCACCCCCAGCUCCGAUGACUCCUCUGAGACUGAGUCUCGGCCCCGCGGGUCCCUCUCAGACAUGUCAGAUGGGUCUUCACGUGACAGCCCCGUGCCACAGACGUGGGGCGAAGCCCAGGCUGCCAGCCGGGCUCGUGGCCCCCCCGAGAUCUCCCCCGGCUCUGGUCCCCGCAGUGUCAUUCUGUUUGGUGCCAGCGGGCCCCCGCCAGCCCCUCCAAGGGCCAUUGAGAUGGAAGAGGAUGAGGCCUAUGGGCCUUACACCCCUGGUUGCUGCAGUGAUGAGGCCUACCACGCCGCGUCCACGCCUGCUGCCCUCCCUGAGGCCUGUGGGGCACCCCUCCUGCCAGUGGUAGCUGGGUACCCCUCGCACCCUGCUGGCUUCCUGGUGGAGGAAGGGGCUGGGGGCUACUCAAGUGAGGAGGACCCGGGUUGGGGUGGUCCCCCAGCCGGUGGUGACAGCCCUCCGGACGUCAAGAUGGCUGCCCUGCCCCACAAACUACGCCUCAAGGGCCGGGCGCACAGCAGUGGGGCACAGGAGCCAGCCCUCCCCACACCUCUCCUGCUCCUGCCCCUGCCUCAGCCCCCCUCUGCUGCUGCCGUGCCAGGGGUCCAAGCUAGUGGGGGUGGGGGGGCAGCACCGCCUGCGUGGGAAGGCGAGAGACCAGAAGAGAUGGCUGCUCUGGUGCGCCAGGCCCUGCUCCGUCAUGGGCAGCCCUCAGGGGCUGGUGCCCUGGAGAGACUGCUGUGCCGUGGCCCCCCACCUGGCGAUGUGGCAGGGGGAUGGGGGGAUGGGGCCCGGCCCACCUGAUGUUCCCCCCCAGGACCUGUGACCCCCCCUAGCUCUGGAGUUGAGGGGUGGUCCCUACAAAAGCGAUAGUGCCCAGCCUGGCACCCAUAGGGGCUGGGAGACCCAUCUGCUGAGCUGGGAUCCAGUGAGCAAGGAGUACCCCCCCAAUCCUGCCAAGCCUGUGAUCCACUUGGCCUGAGAGAUCUGGGCAAGGAUGAGCCCCCUUAUUCUGCUGGAGAUGGGAUCUCCUGGGUCUGGGAUCCUGGGAGGAGGAGAGGGGUCUGUUUUGUGGGGAUCUGGAGAGAGGAAAAGAUCUCCCUACCCUGGCCUGCUUGGGUUGGGAUUCACUGGGCUUGUAAUCCAGGUGGCAGGGGGCAGAUUCCCCUGUUGUGUCAGGGUUUGUGGGGAACUGGGGAGAGGAGAGAUCUCCCUGUUGUGCAAGGGACAGGAUCGACUGGAUCUGGGAAUCUGGGCAGAGGAAGGGUGUUUAUCUCCCUGGGAUCUGGGGGCAAGGAGAGCCCCCCUCAUCUUACUGGGCUCAGAAUCUACUGGCUUGGAUUCCACUGGAGCUCAGAGGACCAACUUCCCCCACUCAAGCAAAGGGGGGGAUUUGGGGGUCUCACACCUUCCCUGCCAGCUUCAGAGGCCCCCUGAGAAUCAAGCAGGCCCUAAACUGCCAGCUUUGGGGGUCCCCCCAUCACCAACCACACCCCAUCCGGCCAUGUGGGAGCUCAGGGAGGGGCUGAGGGGGGCAUGGGCUGAGUGUAUCGGGGUGGGGGUGGGGGGACAGACCACUGUGUAUUUAAAUGGAAUCAGAAUAAAUGCCCCCAAAUUCUUUCUCAAA